CUUGAGACACUUCAUUGUUCAGGAAAAAGACGUUGCAAGAUGGUUCAUGGACAGCUGGAGGUCCGACUGAACGACAGAGAGUACAAAAACUGGCUGAAGGCAGGACGGUGUCUGCUCAUACUGAAGGAGGGCCUCCACCCUUUCGUCAACAGACAGAUGAGAGAUUUCCACAGAUACUUGCUCAAUCAAGACGUUCUUAGACAGACACCGUGUAAGACUUCAUGUAGAUCGAGAGGCAACAAGCUUUCCCAGGUAUGCAGAGCAUGUUCAGUGUGGCAGAAUGUGAUCCUGAGACACCACAGACAGCCUGAUUGUACAGUGAACUGGGACAACUGUUUCCCUCCCUCCUGGAGAACAGACCACUGGGAGGUGGCCAAGGCUUUUAUGCCCCGAGGUCAGGUCAAAGUGAAGGGUGCACAUGAAUGCGAUGCCUCUGCUCUGCUCAACCUGAUCAAUUACUGUAAUUAUUUCCAUGUGGAUGUAAAAUAUGUGAAAGAGGUGAUACGAUACAGGAAUGAGUUGAUGCACUCUUGUGAUUUCCGAGUGACGGAUGACUGGAUGAGGCGUUACCGGACCUCUCUGACACACCUUGUGCAGCAGUUCAGCAACGUACCAGAAAUGGCAGCAACUGAACAACAGAUAAAUGACAUGCUGGCCGUUGAUUUGUCAAUAUCUGCCUCUGGUUGUGACCAAAGGGAUUCUGCUUUAGAGUUUGAUUCUGAUAGCCAGCCCAAGAUCAGCGCUGACAUAAUCAGUCAAUGGGAAGCUGAGUUGCUACAAGAGAGGCUGGAGGAGUUACUGCAUGCUGCUGCUGCUCCUGCCGAUGAUGAUACAGAGACACUGGAUGCUGAGCAGUUGAGGACCCUGGGUGGUUUCCUGCAGACCAACACAGAUCUGGCUGAGAGGUUUUCUUCAGAGCUCCAAGCCAUCAACUCACUGAAGGCGGGAAAAUGAAAACGUGCACUGAACAGAAACGGACCCGAGUGCUUAUACAGCUACACAAUAUUGAAUCCUUGUCAAGGAUUCAUUAUCACAUAAGGGGCUAAAUUCACAAAAGGACUUUGCGGCUUUUGCGGUCGCUAAACUUACACAAAUGAGUAAAAAAAAAAACUAAUUCAACUGCACUGCCAAGCAAAUAGUAUGUCAGUGCUCCUUUUCUGUUUGGGUGUAUGUAAAUUAGAUUAUAUGCAUACAAUUGGUGCAAAAUGUGUCCCUUUAUAUGCAAAUGAGCAUCAUUGCAAAUACAGUUUAAUUCACAAAGACCAGCGCCAGUAGCAACACACAUUAGAGUCAAAUUAUUAGUGUCUUCAGAGAGUUGGUGGUUACUGAAGCCACUUUCUCUUUCAUUCACUCACUUCUCUUUUCCAAUCUUCAAGCUUGUGAGGCAUUGAACGAUAUUGAAUCGAACACAGAACAUUAAUUACCGUCAGAUCCUGACAGAUCCGGUGUUAAUGCAGUUACUGCUGUUGUGCAGCGUGCAUAAAUGCGCACCGUGUCUUUCUCAGUUUAGAGACACGCUGCAGCCAGCUGUGGACUACCAACAGAACAUCAUUACUCUGAAUAACAUUAUUGUAAAAUUCAGACAUGAAUCCAAACAUAUCAAACCUUCCUGUGUCACAUUAAUAUAGUUGUAUUUGAACAUUUCACAGUAGAUGAUAUUAUAGAUGCAAAGUUAGUGAUAAGUUAGUUUGCAGCUGUGGAGAAUGCUGCGUGUGUGCACUUCUGCUAAUUCAAUUCACACAAUUUGAGGCUUAUGUGCUCUCUGCAGGUUUCAUUAUGUACCCAUCUGUGUGCUGAAAUGUGGAUAAAAGCCUGGAAACAGCUGCGAUCACUCAAACAGAUGCAAAACCAGGCAAAUUGCACUUAGUAGAAAAACUUUAUGGGUGUGUUUGCACCAUCAUAUCAUUAGUGCAAUAUAUUUUAUGAAUGGGACCUUGAGAAGUGGCAGAUAGCGGUCGCAAAUGAUGCGUUAUUCAUGGAGCUAUCAGCAGCCGUAGUCCAUUUCGUAAAUUCGCUCGUUAGAUUUGUCUGCUGUUUUCUAGUUUUGUGUUUAUUUAUAAUCCUGAUUCUGUUUACUUAUAAUUGUUUGUCUUAUUCUCUGACUGAUGUCAGAAACUUUAUGAACAAGCUACAGUUGAGAGCAUAAGUAAAUACAAAUAAUGCACCUCCCUAUAACUCAGAAGAUGCAAAUCAGUCUCAUAAAGCUCUUCAGUCUUAAUGAACAAUGCUUUAAUAUCAUGAUAUUGUGGAAUUUUCUGUUCCAGUGUCUUAGGAGAGUUGUGAUUUUUAUGCACAACUUACCCAAUGUGAAUCUAAACUAGUGCUUUGGCGAAGCAACCUGAUUCAUGACCAAAGAGAUCCUGCAGACGUUCAGAAUAAAGAGAUGGAUGCCCCUCCUUGAUCCUUA